AUGGCGCAACUUCAAGUGCAGCAUCAGGCUCCAGUACCGGCACCGAAUGGUGUGGCGGCGGCGGCGAACCAGUUUGUGGCAACCUCUCUGUAUGUUGGAGAUCUUGAUCAGAGCGUGACCGACUCACAGCUCUAUGAUCUCUUCAGCCAGGUUGGCCAGGUCAUGUCAGUUAGGGUUUGUAGGGACUUGACCACCCACCGAUCUCUGGGAUAUGGUUAUGUCAACUACAGCAACACUCAGGAUGCUGCAAGGGCUAUGGACGUACUGAACUUCACUCCGCUCAAUAGCAGACCAAUUAGGGUCAUGUAUUCUCAUCGGGACCCUAGUGUCCGUAAGAGUGGGGCUGGGAAUAUAUUCAUCAAGAAUCUUGACAAAGCUAUUGACCACAAAGCUUUACAUGAUACAUUUUCUUCAUUUGGGACCAUUCUUUCUUGCAAGAUAGCUACUGAUUCUUCUGGUCAAUCUAAAGGCUAUGGUUUUGUUCAAUUUGAAAAUGAAGUGUCUGCACAGACUGCGAUAGAUAAGUUGAACGGCAUGCUUCUAAAUGAUAAGCAAGUGUAUGUUGGACAGUUUCUCCGCAAGCAGGAACGAGAAAGUAGUUUGAGUAAAUUAAAAUUUAAUAAUGUUUAUGUGAAAAAUCUAUGCGAGUCAACAGCUGAUGAGGAUCUGAAGAAAUUUUUUGGUGAAUAUGGACCAAUUACAAGUGCUGUAGUCAUGAAGGAUAGAGAUGGAAAGUCAAAAUGUUUUGGGUUUGUCAACUUUGAAAAUGCUGAUGAUGCUGCUAAAUCUGUUGAAGCACUUAAUGGCAAGAAGUUUGAUGACAAGGAAUGGUAUGUUGGAAAAGCCCAGAAAAAAAAUGAAAGAGAGAUGGAACUAAAGGGGAAGUUUGAACAGAGUGUUAAGGUAACUGUAGACAAGUAUCAAGGGAUGAAUUUGUAUAUUAAGAAUUUGGAUGAUAGCAUCAAUGAUGAAAAACUAAAGGAAUUAUUCUCUGAGUUUGGUACAAUCACUUCAUGCAAGGUUAUGUGCGACGCCAGUGGUAUUAGUAAAGGUUCUGGAUUUGUUGCCUUCUCUUCUCCUGAAGAAGCGUCUCGGGCCCUUGCUGACAUGAAUGGAAAAAUGGUUGUUAGCAAACCACUCUAUGUUGCAUUGGCGCAGCGGAAAGAAGAGAGGAGAGCAAGGCUACAGGCACAAUUUUCCCAAAUGAGACCUAUUGCCAUGACUCCUCGUAUGCCAAUGUAUCCACCUGGUGGCCCAGGGCUUGGUCAACAUUUUGUGUAUGGGCAAGCACCUCCAGCUAUGAUUCAUCCACAAGCUGGGUUUGGCUAUCAGCAGCAGCUUGUUCCUGGAAUGAGGCCAGGUGGGGGGCCGAUGCCAAACUUCUUCGUUUCAAUGGUCCAGCAGGGUCAGCAGGGCCAGAGACCAGGGGGGCGACGUGGAUCAGGACCUGUGCAACAACCUCAGCAACCUGUCCCACUUAUGCAGCAGCAGAUGAUGCCUAGGGGGGGACGCUCAUACCGUUACCUGCCUGGUCGCGACAUGCCUGAUGUUCAAGUGCCAGGUGUUGCUGGAGGGAUGCUUUCUGUUCCAUACAACAUGGGUGGCAUGCCAAUGAGAGAUUCUCCAGUAGGAAAACCUCUGCCUAUUACGGCAUUGGCUUCUGCCCUAGCAAAUGCAACACCUGAACAGCAGAGGACGAUGUUGGGUGAAAGUCUAUACCCCCUUGUGGACCAGUUGGAGCAUGAAGCUGCGGCCAAGGUCACAGGCAUGCUUCUGGAGAUGGACCAGACCGAGGUUUUACAUCUGCUUGAGUCGCCUGAUGCUUUGAAGGCGAAAGUUGCAGAGGCCAUGGAGGUCCUGAGGACUGUCGCUGCUCAGCAGCAGGCAAACAAUCAAGCUGAUCAGCUUGCCUCACUCUCCUUGAAUGAAAAUCUUGUCUCUUGAGUAAUGACGUGCUGACUUUACUUAAUUAGAAUGGACUUUACUUUCUUUGGCAAACAUUAUAUUUCUUUACCUUUUGAAAUUUGGUUAUCAUACUCUUUAUCCAAGAUUCCUAGUAUUUGCUUGGAAAGUAGGAUGUGGAUUUUUCUUGAAUUUGUGGUGAACUUCAUUUGCAUUAUUUUGAACAUAAAUUUUCCCCCC